GGGGGAUCUGGGGGGUUUUGGGGGACCCGGGGUUUUCGGGAGCCCUUGGAUGGCGGAAGGACGUGGUGGGCUGGGGUGCCGCUGUGGGAUCGCGGCCCCAGUUCACGGCUGCCGUUUUAUUUUUUUUUCCUUCAGUUUCAGUGGGCUGGAACCUAUUAACGACUUUUAUCCCUAGCGAGCUGCAGGAUCUCCAAGCGGAACACUUCCAGCACUGACAGCAAGCUGUGGAUUUUAAUGACGGUGCCUAUCACUCUUUGCCCUCAGUCACCCGUCUGUACACCAGAUAAUGUUUAAUAAAAAGGAAGUCCGCUGUGGCCACUCGUUUAGAAAAUAACGCCGCCUCCCCUCGCCUCGCGGCUGCGCUUCCUGCCCUGCCCCGCCGUACCGAGGUUGCCGUUCGGGUGUCGGACGUUCCCCUGAGGGGCGGCGGCAGCCGCCGCUCCCGGCCCGCCUCUCCCCCCUCAGGGCCCGCAGAGGCGCUGAGGGGGCGGCGCGGAGCCCCCCGUUCCCCCGCCGCUUCCCUCCGGCCCCGCCUUCCCGCCGCUGAAUCCACCGCCGAGCCACGGAUCGCGGUGCCGAUCGAUGCUCUCGCCUCGCUGCCCGCGCGGUGGGACGCACCACCCCGGGGGCGGGUACCGGUACCGGGGCCGCGCCGCCCCCGCCCCCCCGGGGUGCCGGUUCCUCACGGGAGAGAAGAGGGGAGGGGGGCACCGCCGCUCCCCGUGUUGUGUUGGUUUUGUUGUUGUUUGUUUUGUUUUGUUUUGUUUUGUUUUGCCUUGUGCCCGCCCCCCGAGCAGGGCGGCCCGGGGCCAUGGAGCGCGCGUUCACGCCGCUGGAUUGCCUCCUGCCCGCCGGAAACCUGAAGUUUUGCCUUGUGAUUCUGAACCAGCCUUUCAACAUAGGCCAUUUUCAUUGUCUGUGGAGCAAAGCUGCACUGAGAGCUUGUGCUGAUGGAGGUGCCAAUCAUCUCUAUCACAUCACGGAAGGAAACCAGGACAGCUACUUGCCUGAUUACAUCAGUGGUGAUUUUGAUUCCAUUCAGCCUGAAGUCAAGGAGUACUACAAGGUCAAGGGAUGUGAGUUAAUUGAGACCAUGGAUCAAGACCUCACAGAUUUCACCAAGUGCCUUCAGAUACUCCAGAAAAAGAUAGAAAAGAAAGGCCUCCAGAUUGAUGUGAUUGUGACUUUGGGCGGACUUGGAGGACGCUUUGACCAAAUAAUGGCAUCAGUGGAGACGCUUUUUCAUGCAACAAAUAUCACUCCUUUUCCAGUCAUUGUUAUCCAGGACUGCUCGCUGAUUUACCUGCUUCAACCUGGCAAGCACCGGCUGCGUGUGGACACGGGACUGGAGGGCGCCUGGUGUGGCCUCAUCCCCAUCGGGAGCCCCUGCGAGAGCGUGACCACAACGGGCCUCAGGUGGAACCUCGCUAACCAGCUGCUGAAGUUUGGAACACUCGUCAGUACUUCCAACACCUACGAUGACUCCGGGAUUGUGACCAUUGAGACUGACAAGCCUUUGCUGUGGACAAUGGCUAUCAAAAGAUAAGAUCAGCGACAGCUGCCCUUUCUGAUCCGACUCAAAUUACACUGCAAAAUCUUGCUGAGACAGUAAAGCUGUCCGAAAGAUAGAAGCAGGCCCUGAUUUUAUGUACUGAAUGAAAACCAAAUCUGAAAUAAAAGUCACUUGAGAUCAAGA